AUGACGGAAACUCGACAGUUCGGGGACCUUGCAACACAGCUUGUAACAGAGUCGCGGCGAUCGACGGCAACGGACACAUUACUGAAGUACAACGAUCCCCUCAUACGCUCCAUUAUCCGGGAGCAGCGACAACUGGAACAGAUGAUCGCAUCCACACUCGAAAAUCUCGCAGACCCGGAGUUCGACGGGGCCAACCCAUCCCUCCUCAUUUACCAAACCGCUAUCCUCCGCAACAAACGCUGUCUCCUCGCCUACCACUCGCAUCGGAUUGACAGACUGCGAGACAUGUACUGGGCCGUCGGCGGAGCCCUGCCUCAUCUGCUUUCCGACCAGGACAUACGCGGGAAGCUGUCACCUCACGAAGUGGAUUUCCUGAAACAGUACAACUCCGCCGUCAUGGACUUCCGCAGCGAGUUCUCCGACGAGCUUGACAUUACUGCGGGCAUCACACAGCCGCCAAAGGACCUACAUGUGCUCGUACGGGUAGUGCGGGAUUGCGGGGUCAUACAGACGGAGCUUGGGACGAUCGACUUCAAGAAGGGUCAGCGAUUUAUGGUGCGCCGAGCCGAUAUAGAGCACCUGAUCGUGCAAGGAUACCUCGAGGAGGUCUAGUGUAUCCUGCAAGCUCUACCUCCCUCUGCCGACUCCUGGGACGCCAUCAAAGCCCGCGGCGCGGGAAGGCCGGAUGUACUCCUUGGGCUCCAGCCCAGAGAAUAGUGAGAAAUUGUAUAUUCGGGCUCUGGUACAUGUAAGACAGGCAGC